CAUGUCCAGUUUCGACAAGGUCGUCAAAUUGGCCUGUAAGCCAAAGGCUGCUCCCCCAAAGGCCAAGUACAUUGAUCCAAUCAUCGCUGCGACCUGGUCUGAUGAUGGGUCUGUACACGACGUUUGCAAGGCGCUGGCCCCUCGAAUUCGAGAGCCCAAUACCAUGGUCGUAUUCAAGGCUCUGAUUGUAUUGCACACCAUGAUACGCAACGGCGCAACAGAUAAUGUCCUGUCCUACCUGUCAUCAUCGGAUGUUCUGCGACUACGAAAUGUCUCCGCUGGUAAUUGGGAGGGAUAUGCCGCCCCUCAAAACCUCCAAGCUUACGCUCUUUACCUCGAUUCAAGAAUUCGCGCAUAUAAAGAUUUGAAGCACGACGCUGUCAGGGUGCAGGCGGAGAACAACCGGGAUAUGCGUAACUCCGUGGCCAUAGAGGAGGACGGAUAUCGGGGUAGGAAAGACCGUCCCACGAAACCAAACACCUCCACUCCCAGCCGGAGCAAAACGAUAAUGGGAAGGAAGCUGCGUUCAAUGACCGUGGAGAAGGGGUUAUUGCGAGAAACGAAGGCGGUUCAUGGCAUGAUUGAUGCUCUGGUUGAAUGCAGGUUCUACCUUGAUGAUUUGGAAGACGAACUGACGAUUACUGCCCUACGGAUGCUAGUCAAGGAUUUAUUGAUUUUGUUUCAGGCGGGAAACGAAGGCGUAAUUAACGUCCUGGAGCAUUACUUCGAAAUGUCCCACAUAGACGCAGAAACGGCGCUACAGAUCUACCGCCGUUUCUGCAAGCAAACUGAGUGUGUUGUGGAAUACCUUGGUGUUGCAAAGAAGCUCCAGAAUCUCCUCAACGUCCCUGUUCCUAACCUGAAGCAGGCCCCUGUUUCUUUGGCUGGUGCACUUCAAGAGUACCUUGAUGAUCCUAAUUUCGAACAAAAUAGGAUCGAAUACAGAGCCAAUAAGGAGGCAGCUGAGCGCGGUGCAAAUGUUACGACAAACGGGACGAAGGCGACUAAGGCGACAAGUGCCUCUUCGAAACCCGUUGAGUCGUCAACGUCGCCCAAAACGGCCUCUACCAGUACGACCAACGGGAGCACAAGUAUCCCUCCCGCCGGGCAGGGCAGCAAAGACGUUCUUGAUUUCUUCUCCGCUAUUGAAGUGGAACAACCAACAAUGUUCAAUCCUCAGACCAAUAGUCCUAGUACCGCCUAUUUUCAGCAGCAAGGGGCCGUCAAUCCAUUUUCGCAAAUGAUGACUGGUCAACCUUUCGUACAAUCACAGCCUACCGGAUUCAUCAUGCCACAACAAACAGCUAUGCCCCAACAGCCCAAUCCGUUCGGUAAUUUCUUGACGCCUCAAGUACCUCAACAAACCGGACAUCGCCCCUUCUCUUCUUACUUGCCGCCUCAAUCCAUUGGUUUCCCAUCGCUGGCUCAAUCCCAGGCGCCCAUACCCCCAUUACAACCGCCACAGUUCCUGCAACCACAAGCGACAGGAGCGAACCCCUUCCGUCAAAGCAUGCUUCUUCCUCAGUCAACUGGAAUGCAAUUAUUCGGUGCAACCCCUCAGCUUCCUGGCCAAGGACACCAGCAGCUUCCAGGCGGAUUCCCCAUGUCGACAUCUCUUUCUGGUCUAUCGAAUAUGGCAACUCCGUCGUCGGCGUCACCGUUCACGGCAGCGCCCAAACCUUCUUUCGGUAUGUCGACGACGACGACUAACACCCCGGCACGUCCUGCAUCUACUCCUCUUACAUCAACUCAGCCCGCUCUUUCUUCAUCUACUCCCCAACCUGUCAGAACUCACCAAACUGGGACAAGGAAUCCUUUCGGUCCCAUUGCCACUGCUGUACCGCCAGUACCAAAACCUCCAACGCUCUUUGAACUAUCCAAUGGAGUGGGUGCCAUGAGUCUCAACCAGAAUGGCAGCGCACAACAGCAGCAACAGCAGCCAAAUUAUACUGCUACGGGUAGUUUCUCGUUCGGCAACAGUGCGCUUAACCCAGGAGCUACAGACAUUUCCAGCGUCGCGUCUUCUUUCGCAUUUGCGAACAAGGCGAACAUGAACAUGCCACAGGGAGUUGGAAGCUCGCCUCAAUCACCAGCUGUUCAGCCCCAGAUGACGUCGAUAAGUUCCACAUCAGGUUCAACUUUCUCCAACCCCUCUUUUGCGACAACACCUGUUAAACCACAGAUGACAGGAUUCGCAGGCUUGAAACCGUUCAAGCCCUCAUCAGCAUUUGGGGCUUCGUUGGUCGAUUCGUUGCCUCCCAUACCCGGUUCUGCCCCCACAACGCCCGCGGUUACGGGUCUACCGUCUACCAUGAACUCUACUACCAGUCCCAACGGUAGCACUCUCAGUGCAGGGACCACUGCUUCCUCGCCUGCAUCUCCUGCUCAAAACGGAACUUCGUCAACAAACAACUACAGUUUCUUGAGCAGCCAGCCAACAGGAGCAACCGGUAAUUUCAGCAGUUCGUUUGGAUCGACAUUAGGGGUUGGGCUUCGGCCUCAGAUGACGGGAGGAGGAUCCAACCCAUUCCGGGCCUCAACAAUUGGAAUGCCUAACUUUGGUGGAAAUUCAGCUUUCCAACCCUCAACCGGUUUUGGCACAGGCGCUUCUCAAUCAUUUGGCGCUACGCCGUUGGGAAACAACUCAUUUGGGACGCAGAAUCAACAGCAGCAGCAGUUCCAGUCAGCCAACCCGGCUGCUUCCUUGAUAUG